AUGUUCUCUCUAAAUAAUAAUGUUGAACUCAGAAGGGUGACUAUAUCAAGUUUAAUAACAUGCAUUUAUUUGCCAAGUAUCAUAACUGUUAUCAGUUAUAAGGGUUUAUUAUACUCAGUUGGAAAUGCCUCAUCCUGUUACGUAUUGUUUCUUAUUUUUGUGGCUGAAUUGAUGAAAUCGUUUUAUCUCAAUUCCAACAAUGAUCUUCAAAACAAAAGGAAAACGAGUAAGACAACUCCUAGUGACAUCGCUAAAGCCACAAUAUUUCUGAUUGCUGCCAUGUUUUCAUUUUUCAUCGGAAUUAUACUCUUUGGUGCACCGGUCUUGGAAUAUCAUGAAGAAACGCUUAUGUUAUCGACGGUAUUAACACUUCUAACUCUAUUUCCAUUGAUUGCACACACUGGAGUCGAGUCUGCUGUACAAUUGUUGUUUGGAGUGAGAAGUUUCUCUCGAGACACGAUAAUAGCUAUGUUGGUGAACAAUGCAUUAUUAACAGUAUGUGGAGCUUGGCUUGGAGCGGUCGUGAUCCCCUUAGAUUGGAACACUCCGUGGCAGAAAUGGCCGAUACCAUGUUACUUGGGAGCCAUCGGCGGCUACCUUAUAUCAAAUGUCUUAACAGUGACCAAGGUUACCAUGAUGUCAGAGGCUGCUAAAUAUCCCAUUUUUAAAUUAGGCAUCAAUAUUAUAAACAGACUUCACAUUUCUAAGUAA